GGAAUCUAGAAGUCUCGAUGAGCUUGAUUGAAGUCGUCACCUGAGUGUCAGAUUGCCGCAUCCUGACUGCUCAGGGCUCUAAUGACUAUGGAUUCGACUAGUACUGCAGAGAGGCGGAGAAGACGGCGGCGCGUUGCAGAUGUGGAUCGAAAGAGAGCACCACGAGCGUGCACUCUAUGCAAGAGAAGGAAAAGCAAAUGCAUCCCAGCAAGGGGUAACCCUCGUAUGGAUGCACACCACAAAUGUCAGCGAUGUACACUCAGGAAUUUAGAUUGUAAAUUCGAGAAAGGAGACUCGCCAGGGACUGAAUCGUCGCUUACCCAAGUCCCAGCGCAAUCCCCGAGCGCAGCCAUCGAUUCUACAAGACGGUUGCCAGAUCAUGCAUCGAUUGAUCACUCCGAACUUUUAUCCCCAGCCUCUGUUCUGUCGCAGGGUCUAUCGACACACGUCAUUGCAGAUCAGUCGAAGCGAGUUCUGUGGCCCAAUUUCCUAUCUCGGCUUCGAGAAGCGUUCUCGCUCGGCCCCCAUCAUGCUCCGGAAGAACGGGAGAUGGUCGCGAUGCAGGCGAGAAUGAUUCAACCAAAAGGGCUACAUCCCUCCGAACUAUCAAGAUUACAAGCAGCCAUCGAUGCGUUCCCUCCCCGUCCAGUGGCCGACUUCCUGCUCCACGUCUUCAUGAAGCACGCCACCGAUGUUUUUUUCUAUUUCGAUCAAGCUCAAAUGCUCGCCGACGUUGAUGAGUUCUAUACGGACUUAGACUCACCUUUGAGAUUUGAUUCAGCCUUCGUCUGCCUUGCCAUGGCCACCUUCGCUCUGGGGAGUCAGUGGACACCGCUGGAGAAGCCCGCAGGAUUCGAGCCUAGCCUACUACCCAAAGAGAAUGUAGAGCUCGGACAUAGAUUUGCGGCUCAUGCUAAGACCCUCAUACCGGAUAUCAUCGAACGCUCAUGCUUGAGAUCCGUUCAAGCCCCAUUUGUCCUGGGAGUUUAUUUCAUGCCUGCAAGUGCGCUUGGGACAUCCUACGUUUAUCUGGGACUGGCAUUACGAAAAGCUCUAGCAUGCGAUCUGCAUCUCAACUCAGAAGAUCUGUCCAUGACCGAGCGAGAUAUAGAAGUGAGAUGUCGUCUUUGGUGGUCUAUUUAUGCGCUGGAACGUUGUACCACUGUAAAGCUGAACCGGCCUCGCUCAACUGAUACCCGAAUAAUCACGGUGGCAUACCCGUCUCAGAACGCCGUCCUUGACCGAGCUCAAUCGUUCGAGAACCUCGACUGCCAGCUGGCUUACGUUCGCUUGGUCAGAAUACUUGACGAAAUCGCCGGUCCUGCUGAUGGAUUACCCAGCUCAGCAGACAUAUCCCAAUCAACAUGGAAAGAUGACCUCAAAGCAUGGAAGCGAUCACUUCCCCCCAACCUGAAACUCGACCAGAUCCCUCCAAGCAGCUGGAAGUAUCGAGCCAUAGCCCAUCUGUACCUGAACUACUGCUAUGCAAUGAUCACGAUGGGCAAAGUCGCCUUGGUAACUUUGGCUAGGACCAAGUUGAAACCGCCCGCUGAUUGCGACGCACCGGAGAUCAGCGACAAGGUCGAGAGCCUGGCCAAUGGCUGCACAAAAGCCGCGAGGAAGAUUCUACGCCUCUUCGAGAGCCUGACGCGACAUCGAGUCAUCACCAGGUUCUCGUUCACCGAUUUCCAGGGCUGCAGCAUCGCAACUAUCGUUACCCUGGUCUCAGGGAUCUUGGAACGCGAUUCGGGGUAUGAUAGUCGGGUGGAGCUGGGAUUCAACUGUCUGCGGAAGAUGGCCACAGGGAAUAUGACCGCCAAAUUGGGUGUGAGCUUUGUUGAAGCGGUGCAAUCGAUCACAAAUGAAGCUGCGAGCAAGUUGCAACAACGGGACAAUCCUGCCAUGUCUCGAGGGGCUCCAGACCUGGAUGCGCAUUUGGGCUACAACCAGUGGCUGGAGUGGUUCGCCGUACAAGAAGACUCCAAAAGUCGCGAAUGUUGUGGGAUUGGGCAACGAGAAGAAGUCCCAGAUAGUAGAGACCGGGAUGCGGAGUCAUGGUUGGCAGUACCGGCCACCUGGCAAACACCGAUGGAGCAACACAUCCCAGAGGCAACAUCCAUUCCUGAGGGUUAUUCGAAUCCGUCUUCGGGAUCUUCUUGUCCGCUUUUGCCAAAUGACUUUUUCUCCGGCCUACACAACGAUGAGCAGUCGUUCUUGAUGGGGCUAACUGGACUAGAUGCUCUAGGCGAUGCUCUGGAUUUCUCGGGUCUGAUGGGCCAGAUGGAAUGA